AGAUGUUCGAACCUGGACCUUCUACCACAAAUGAACAUUUCACACUGCAAAGUAGACACAUCCUUUCCUUUAAAAAAAAAAAAAGUUGUUCUUGUCAUUGAUUAAUUUCAAACAAUGAGGGCUGUCUGCGCAUACAUCCUGUUAGGGAUUUUGAGUCACGUGAGCUCACAACCUAAACUAAUCCAAAGAAAGACUGACAGUUUAAAAUCAGACAUCCAAUCAGCUGUAAAUGACAUUCCCUCCUUGUCUGCUGAAAACAGAAAACAUACUCGCAGUAUUGACCCUUCCUCCAUGGGUGUGAAUGCACAUCACCAUGUUUUGACCGACUUCUUCGCCGUCUUCAAACCGUUACUCAGAGAAGGGUUUAUCGAGGAGCUUCCCCGAACCUUCGUCUGCAUUCUAUCUGAGCGGAAGGACUGCGGAGCGGAAGCAGAAAUGACCAAGACCGUUAGUCUCGAGUUGGGAAAACCACUGCUGUUCUUCCUGUCGUCCCUGAGAUCCCACACUUGCACCCCACUGAGUGAUGGAGGCCAUACGCAGCAUAGCGGUCUGGGGAACGCCUACCUCGGGGCGGAGGAACCAGCAACUUCAACAAAGAGUGGCUUUCCGCAGACAUUUUUAACCAUUCUGACAAAGUUGCCUCUCUUUGGGACUUUGGUGACAACAGUGAGUGCUGUGGCAGACGCAGCUGUCACCUACGUAUUCAACAUGGCGGCCUCGUUGAUCCAAGUGCCCACGGACUAUGUCCAAAUAGCUUUGCAGUUUGGGAUAAAAAUCCCGUCACUUAUCGAGAGAGAAAGCUGUGAGCAAGGAGAUCUCAAGCAGCUCAUAAUGUGGGGAAUGAAACACAACGUGAGCUGGUCCUUCGCCAACUCAAUUAUUGACAUUCUUCUGGAAACCCUCUUGACUCCAGAACAAACUGGGUGCACAUACGCCGACCAGAGUCCAGAGUGUCAGAAUCCUCCUUCCUUCCAACGCAGUGUCCUCGAGUCUGACACUGAGACUAACCACGACACGCUCUUCCGAUGUGAUCGCCAAAAUCUGUCUGUGUUUAAUGACACACUCUGUGCUGAAAUCCUCUAUAGUUCAAGAGCAGGAAUGUCCACAUCAGUGCUCAACUUGUGUCAGGCACUCAGAACCCUCAAUGCCCAGCAGGUACAGGCAGUGUGGAGUAAUAUGUGCUAUGUCAUUCAAGCACUGGUGUCCCCACUCCUUAGCAAGUCAUCAGACUGCAAUGUUGGCGAUACGCAACUCUUUCCUGCAAGGAGCUUUGCACCCCACCGAAAAGCCAGAGAAGCCCCUAACCUCCAACAACUUGCUUGUAACUACAACAGCUGGUUAGAAAACCAGGUGGUGGAUGUUGUCCUUGUCUCUCUUUGCAGCGACAACGAACAGAAAGAGUUUGUGAGGCAUGUGUGUAAUAAUGCUUUACUGAUGAGAAAGUUGCUGUCAGACCAGAAGAACAGUUGGCUGUAUGGAUACUGUGCAAAUUCCUCAGAAAACUACAGCUAUCUGGUGGAUCAGUUCUGCACUUAUGGACAUUGGAUCGAUCAGCCAACAGUCCCAGUAGAUUCACACUUACUAGAGUUCUGUAUUAGCCUGGACAGUGAAAGGCUCACAAGACUCAUCUGCGUGCACACUGGCUUGUUCAUGUUAUUAUUUUCCAACCCCGAGAAUGUGAGGUUCAUGCCCAACUGCACAAGUGCACCACUACCACUACCAUUUCCUGGCCCGGAUCCACUUGUUUCUCAGUCUUGUGUCUACUCAGAGUGGCAAGAUGUAAUGCAGAUCACAACAGAUAUUUUGGCACAGUGCAUUCGCAAUGAUCCCUCAGGUUUUGCUGAGAAAGUUUGCACUAACAUAACUUUUCUAGAGAGCCUGGUACAUAAUCAGGACAAUGCCUGGCUUGGGGAUCACUGCAGCACUGCUUUGACCAUCCUACCCACUGUGACUCCAGAACCUUUACGUAUUUCGGACUGGUGCAACUACCACUUGUGGGAGGAUCGGCAGGUGGACGAUUCAGUAGUCGGAUUCUGUUGGCAACAUAAUCAGGUUGCUUUUCAGAAGAAUGUCUGCUGCAAGACAUCUUUGCUUGAAAAGCUUUUGCAAAACCCCCAAAACAAAUGGCUGACAUCAGUUUGUGUAGACAAGGAAAUUGAGGUUCUACCAAAGAUAUGCAAGUAUUCUGAAUGGACACAUCCCAUCAUUGUCGAUAUGACCGAGUUGGCUCUCUGUGCUGAGAAAGACCCACUAAACUUCACCUCCAAAGUCUGCUCAAACAAAACAGUCCUUCAGAACCUGAUGGCUAACCUGGACAACACUUGGUUAAUAAAGUACUGUGCCAACCAAUCAAAUUUGGGAGUAACUCCUGAUGAGGAAGGUGAGGAUGGAGGAGAAGAGACUGGAUUCAACCCUGCAGAGCAGUGCCAGUAUUCCACCUGGACUAUAAACCUUCCGGAUGCAGCGAUAUUGACCCUCUGCUGGGAGCACGAUCAGUCCAAUUUUGUUUCUUCAAUCUGCUCGAACCCUGGUCUUCUCUUCCUGUUAGCGCAUGAGCCCUCUAGCAUAUGGGUGAGCACAAUAUGUGCCACCUAUACCAACUACACCACCACUGGUAAUAAAACCACUGAAGGUAACUUUUGCCUUGCCAAACAAUUGAUGAGACAUUUCAACUGGACUUGUUCUGUGGACUUCACCAUAGCCUGCCAACCCGAUGCUAGCCAGGACAUGGUCACGCUCAUAAUGAUGCGCUGCUGGGCAGACGGUCUGAGGUCUAGGGUCAGGCAUCUGAUGACACCAUCUCUGGCUACAGUCUUGGAACAAGCAGUUAACACAGCUGUUGUAGUAUUGCUAGCGAUAGAAGAGAUCCAGAACACAUCACUGCAUGUCACCAAGAAUGUACGGAUUAGUGUACUGGAGUCUGUAGUUGGUUAUCUUGAGAGGGAGAACAACUUCGACCAAAAGAAGGUUUUGCUACAAUGUUUUGGGACAGCACUAACCAGCUUGAUGCAAACAGCACUGGAUGCAAGCAGUAAUGAAUCCCUCAUCAUUAAGGAGUACUUUAAAAUACCAUUGAGCAGCCUGAAGUCUGUGUUUAGUGCAGCUCACAUCACCACUGUCAGGAUGAUUCUUCAAUAUUAUGCCAGAAACAAGGAUACACUGAAGUUGCCAGAUAAGUACCUGUCAACCCUGACGGCCGUGCUCUUCCAGAACCACCUGGCGAAAGACGGAAGUCUCUUCUCGGACCUGACUCCACUUUUGGAGGUGGCCAGUCCAGCUGACAUCCACUCUUUGCCUUCCCUGCAAAGCAACCUUGACGUGAGGGAAACCAUAAACAGAAACUUGGGCCGAAUGUCUGCGGACCAGCGGCGUGCCUUCGGACUGUGGUACAGCAAGGUUCUGUUACCCUCCAACAUCACGGCAAGUCAUGAGUCACUCAUCAGGGACACUGGAAAUGUGAUCACUUACCUGCCCUUCCACAACUUCCAGCAUCUAUCACCUGCUCAGUUGUUGAAUGGACUGGAUGUCUUGCAACAAAACGACCUGAGUUUCUUGAAACAGGAGUUUGUGGCACAAACCAUUACUGGCACCUACAGAAACUUGACUGCUCAGGACUUCACCAGGUUAGGUAAUCUCUCAUGCCUGGCAGAGCCAAGUGACCUCCUGGCAUACAAAAGCAGCGAGGCCUUCAAGGUCAUCUGGGACGUCAUUAUGAACUGCACUCGUGACGGACUUAGCUUGCCCAGUCACUUGACCUCCAGUUUUUUACUGAACAGCACCGAGCUGACACUCCCGUCUUCACUCAGUCCCGACAAACUGGCAGGUAUUGCCCACCUGCUGCCCGCCCUGGGGGCCACGUUCCUGCAGGGACUCACACCAUCGCAGCUCCUUGCAGCCCUCCCUGCCCUCAAAACGGUGUCUUUCAGUCCUGCACAGGCUUUCGUCAUUGUUGACAAGUUAUCAUCAAUCAACAUUCUGAGCCCUCUCGGCCGCCUGCAGGAGCUGGGCUCUCUCACUGUGGGUGUGAGGACGGAGACGCUGCUGAUGCUGACGUCAGACCGGCUGCUGUCAUCCCUCCCCGACAUGGCCCAGCAUGCAACAGGCCUGCGUCCGCCACAAGCAAAUGCCAUCUCCACCAAACUUUGGGGAUUUCCUGAUGUGGUCUACUGGUUGGAUGACGUUGAGCCUCUGCUCUGUUGCACUCCUCUGCUCAGUAUCCUGCACAGGACACACCUGCUGGUGGAUAACAUCUCCACCGCUUCCACUAAACCUUGGAACACGCAGCAGGCCCAAGCGAUAUUUAAAGUGGCACUGGACCGUAAACCAGACUUUAUAGAAGAAGAGUUCCUGAGUCUUGGGAUGUUGGGCCUCGGUGUGAGCUGCCCAGUCUUACAGCAGCGUUUCAGGGCAGACGCCUCACCUGCAGCGGUGAGGAGAAUCUUGGCUCUCCUCAGGCAGCAGCCCAGCCCUCUGCACACCUCGCUGAAAAAGUGUGUGAUCGAGGAGAUGUAUCAGUUUGAAUUCUUCUCUGAGCUGCUUGAAGACCUGGGAGUUGAGAUUGCCUUGUCCAUGCCGGCGAGCACCAUCAAAAAGUUCCCUUCAGACCUAAUGGACACACUGCGGCGAAUGAUCAUCGCAGACUCUGUCCCCUUUUUCAUGAUGUCAAGAACAGAACAGGAGCUCCUUGUGGACAAAAUGGUGCAGAGGAUGGGCAUGUACACCGGAGUGUACACCGAGGAGGAAUUCCGUUCUCUGGGAAUCAUGGCCACAUUUGUGUCGGAUGAGAUUCUGAUCCAGCUGGAUCGCACGUUCUUCACGGACAAUCUGGAUUUCCUCCAAACUCUAUGCUACAGCACCAACAAGAUGGACAUUGUGGCUCGGAUGCUACUGGAAGUUGAUGUCUUUGGCCCAUCUGUGCAAGACUGGAACCAGACCACACUCAGUCAGGUGGACCGGUUUCUCUUCUUUCUUCCACAGGACCGACUGCAGGACAUUUCCUCGGCAUUGAUGACUGUCGGGCGUAUAGAGAAGCUGUUCAUGAGGCAGCGUCAGUGGGAACGAGGUGACGUGGGACUCCGCUGUUUGGGUGAAGGCGAAAAGAGGCAGUUUGCCGAAAAGCAGCAGUUUGUUCUUCAGUUCUUUCUGGGUUUCCUAAAGAUGUAUCCUCUGUCACCGGCUCCUAUGGUUCCUAGCUGUGAGAUUUUGCAUACAACAGCUCCAUCUGCUUGGACCUCAAACAGCCUGGCAAGCAUGUCGCCAUCCGCCUUCACCAACUGUCUGGAGCUGAUUGGACAAGACCCCUUCCUUGCACCUUACCAACGCAGCCAAGUCUUCAGCAAAGUCAAACAACUGUAUGGGCCAGUGUCCUCCUUCUCCCAGUCUGUCAUCAGUCAGCUGGGCCGACUGGCGCUGGAGAUGUCACCACAGGAGCUGAGCAUGUUGCGACUGACUGAGAGGAGGAGCAUCGCCUCGUUGGGCGCCGUCAGUGAAUGGACCACCAGACAGUUGGCUGCUCUGUUUGCGGCAAUAUUGAACUCCACCAAGUUGAAUCCGAGCCAACUUGACUCCAGCACCUUGGUUGCAGUCGGACACAUUGUGUGUGGAGCGAAAGCCACAGACAUGAGCUCUUUCAAUGCAGUUGAGUUUAGUAAGGCGGCACUCUGGCUCGGUCAGCUAAGGUUGUCUUGCUCUGAAGAACAAUUGUUGGCACUUGUGGGCCUUCUGACCCACAGUCUCGCUUUUGGACCCAUUAGUUCAUGGGAAAUGGACGUCUUCAUCGAGAUUGGAGUUCUGGCAGCUGGUCUCCCAGAUAUGGCAAUGUCAGCAUUGGUGAAAGAGCAAAUAGAAGGAAUAACUCCUUCAGCUAUCGCAAUGAUAAAGCCUGAUAAGUUUGCUGUGGUGUUCCACCAGAGGCAGAUAAGCAUGUUCUCCUACGGGCAGGCGGCUGCCGUAACAGACGAGCAGCUCUCAGCUCUAUCAGAUGUUCAGAGGACAGCGCUCGCUAUGGUGCUGAUGCCCUGGGAAGACCGACACGUGGACUUUAGAGAGAUGAUAGAAAAUCUCUGUGUUACGGCGCGGAUUCGAUCCCGCUUCCCUCCUGCCAACGCCGCUCAUCCGUCUGUGCACACCUCGGGACACGCCCACGGCGGACCAUACCACGGCGCCGCCCUCAUCUUCGUUUCCGGCGGGACGCACCACGGCGCCAUUCCCGUCCGCCUUACCGACGGCCAAGAAGUCGACCGUUCCUUGGUCAUCCACCUCGCCGGCCGCAGCGGCGGUCUACUCGCCGCCGCCACCAGACUUGUUCCCGAUGGCUUCUGA